AAUAACACAUGACAAUCCAUCUUCCACCAGAUCAUGCCAGUGACUCCAUACCAGUAAGCUCGAGAAGCAGGCUGCAGUACCCGGGACCUGCCGGUUUGAUUUUGGAAGUGGUGUGUAGCAAGCUGUUUGCUGUCGGGUUGCGACGUCCUCGCCAGGUUGUUCCAUAAACAAGUCCUUUCCCAGAAGUGGCGCUCAAUUAUCAAAUCAUCGCACUAUCAAGCUUGUAGAAUGGAUCGGGCUGCUAUUCACGCCACAAGCAGGGCAAGACGGUGGCAUUAUCUGCUACCUGGCCUGUUCGGAUGCCUGCUCCUGGGCAUUUCGUUGACUCCCACACCAUUUUAUCAAAGGGGUAUGGGGUCAAGUGAUCGAGGCGUAGGCAUCAAGAAAUCGACGGAUGAUUUUUGGUUGCGUGCCAAGCUAACACAGCCCUCUCAAGAGGCUCUCGUCUCUCACACGGGGAAAAUUGCUGAGAAAGACGACUCUUCGAGCUUAUUGCUGUACUUCGCAGAGGCACGCAAAGAGGGGCAAUUGAGCGCCUCGGCUUUCGGUGAAGUCGAGAGACUCCUCCAACAGCACGAGCAGCAAUACAAGCCUACACAGAAAGAUGCGACAUUGUCUCAUCCAUCUUGGCCCUUGUCGGGGGCCUCUGGUGGCGAAAAGAGCCGUGACGUGGCGCUUCAGGACAAAAUUUACUGGAAGGGCCGCGAGCGCCGAGAAGCCGAGUUGGCCAAACUCCAUCACAACUAUUCCGCAAUCAAGCCUUUCGAUGGAUGGGGCCCCAUCUACAUCUGGGACUGGUUCAACCCCGACUACGUCUGUUCCAGCAUGGAGCGCGUGGGCCGCGUGGGCGACGGAGGGAAGUGGAUGUGUGACUUGGCGACCCUGCGGGCAAGGGCGGUCGAGGCGCACCGACCCUGCAUCGUGUACGCCUUCGGCAUCAACGACGACACCUCCUUCGAGGAGGAGCUCGUGAAUCGCACAGGCUGCCAAGUCUUCGCCUUCGACCCCACCGUCAAGGAUCUGCCAGCCUCCGCGGCUAACGUGACGCCCGCCCUGCAGUUCUACAAACAAGCCCUCGGUCCCCGGGAUGGACCUUCGCGGAAUUUCCUCAUGGAGCGAAACUUGCUGAGCAUCAUGAAAGAACUGGGUCACACCUACGUGGACGUGCUCAAGGUUGACGUGGAGGGAGCGGAGUGGGCAUCGUUCGCGCCCGUCUUCGGGGCGGGGCCCCUCCCUGUUGGGCAGCUCCUGAUCGAGCUCCACUACAAGGAUGUGGCCACCACGUUCGAUUUUUUCACAAACCUGGAAGGGGCAGGCUUUCGGGCAUUUUCCCGCGAGACCAACUACCACCCCUGCGUGACGGGCAAGAUGCCCGUGGCGAUAGAGUACUCCUUCGUGCACCCAUACACUUAUCCCACGGGCGACCCCACGCCGGCCUCCAAGGCCAUGCUGGCCCGCCAACCCGACUACGAGCCCAAGAAUGGCGUGAUCUACAUGCUCACACAGCAGGCACGUGUGCACACGCACCUUCUUGGCAUGCUGGAGGGGCUCGACAAGCACUUCAACGCGGCCCCAGGGCGCGGUUACCCCGUCUUGAUCUUCCACGACGACUUUACCCCCGAGGACGAGGCGCUCGUGCGGGCCAGCACCACCAGCAACGUCUCCUUCUACCGCGUCUCCUUCCAGGUCCCGGCCUUUCUGGACAAGGAGCGUAUCCCGGAGCGGACGGAGUGCAGCAAGCACUCGUCCACCCUCGGCUACCGACACAUGUGUCGCUUCCUGGGCCUCCAAGUCCAGCACCUGCUCCAGGACUUCGAAUGGCAUUGGCGCCUGGACGACGACUCUGUCUUUCUGGCGCCCAUCGGCUACGACCCUUUCCGGAUGAUGGCGGAGAACGGGAAGCGGUACGGGUUCAACCGCAUCCUGCAUGACAACGCGGACUGCGUGGUGGGCCUCUGGGACGUGGCCAAGGAGUUCGCCCGGAGCCGCGGCCUCUCCCCAACCUUCCUGGACAAUUGGGAUGCAGGCGUCACCUUUUACAACAACUUCGAAAUCUCGCACCGGUCCAUAUGGACCGACCCCGUCGUGCAAGAUUUCAUGGAUCACAUCGAUGCGCUUGGCGGGAUCUACUACGUGCGGUGGGGGGAUGCGCCCAUUCGCUCGCUGGCAGUGGCCAUGGUCGUGCCCGAGACGGAGGUCCACUUUUUCUCCGACGUGGGGUACGCGCAUUUGCCCUACCAUCGGCACGAGCCUCGUGCGUUGCCGUCGCCCUUGGAGGGCGCACUCUGGCACUUGGACGGAGCCCACGAAUACAUCCGGGGCGUGGAGGAAGACCAACAGGUGAAAAAGGCGAGGACCAUGGUGCGGCGGCGGCAGCACGGGGUCGUGGUCAUCUUGAGCACGCGCGAGCGCUUUGACUACCUGAAGAGGUGCCUGGCAUCCUUUGAAAAGCACUUCAACCAGCACCAUGGAUACCACGUGUGGAUAUGGUCUCAUGGACUUAGCUACGACCAGCGCCUGGAGCUCCGAGCCUUGUCAUCGGCGCCCAUCCGCAUCGACCUGCUCGAUCAGCCCCUGAACCUCACCGCCCCAACAAGCGCCACGGAGGCGGCCAGGACGCCGUGUGGACCCCGGGAUGCCCACUCCUCGCGGCUCCGUGGGUGGGAGGUGUCGCGGGUCAUCGCCAAGCGAUACUUCUGGCAGUGGCGCCUUGCGGACGACGCCGUUUUUACGGAGGACCUGGUGGAGGACCCGUUUUUGAGGAUGGCACGGAACAAAGCCACCUACGGCGUGGCGGCCGUGCGCCCUGUCCCCCUGUCGGCUGGCGCCUGUGUGGGACGCUUGGUCGAGGAGGCGACCAGAGGGUUGGGAUUGGAAGGGGAGGCGGUAGCGGAGGUCCGUGACAUGGUGGAGUCGGUCUACUUCGAUCCAAGCUUUGAGGUCUCCCACCAGAGUGUCUGGACAGAUUCCAAGUGGAAUGCCCUGAUCGAAGUCCUCGAGACCAGCGGGCUCGCUGUAGACGGGGACGGGGAGAGCCCAACGUCCUUUCUGGGGAAUGUGGACGACGCUUUCCUCCGGAGUCUAGGCGUUACCUUACACCUGCAGGGAGGCAUGGGCGCCUUCCACAUUUUUGACGACUUGCACCCGGUGGACCUCUCCGCAAGCCUGUUGCCAUGGUCGGAGCCGCCCUCCCACCCGACCCAGGAGUCGCAUAUCCGCGUGGGAGAACACCGGGUGACAGUGUCGCAGGACUCGCAUUCGCUCACCGCCUUAUUCCGCCCCCGGCACCUUGGCUUCCUGGAUGCCGAACUGGGGCCGCCCGUCCCUAUUCCGCGGCAUGUGUCUUCUUCCGACGCCACUAGGUCGGGAGAGCCAGAUACCGACUUGGAUAUCGCCUGGAUUUUGGGUAAGACUCGCAUUGGCCACUUGAAUAACACCAAGCCAGAAGCCGCCUUCGAGCUGGAUGACGCGGUGGCCAUGCUCUCUGCCGCCGAGGGGGACGCUGACUUCUUUUGGAGGCACACGGGCAGUCAACGUGCACCCAACGCGAUCUUCAACGACGGCACGUUGGGGACUCACCAGGCCCUGGUGCCCAGCGCGGGCUUGGCGGUGGUCCCUGAGGACCAUCCGGAUGAGGUCCGUCUUGUCGUGCUCUGCCAGAUCCGAAAUGUCAGCGGAAACGUCUAUGAAGGACAGCGCACCCAACUGGGCUCGGCGAUAGCGGUGGUGAGUAAUGCCCAUCAGAGGCCUGAACUGUGGGAGUACGACAUGCGGCGGAUCCCCGGUACACAUACCUGGAGCGGAUGGCACACCGCCCUGACCCUGGUCGAUGGGAGCAGCGUCUCCCGAAGACCAUCGACGGACUACGUUUACAUCUUGGGGGAGCGAGCCGCCAACAUCACGACGCAGGACUCCUCUUACAUCAAACGGGAGCACCUCGUGGGCAAGCUGCCUGUAUCCUCGUUGCUGGCUAUGUCGAUGGAGGCCAUGGAGUUCUUCGUUGGCCGGGCCCCAGGGGAUACGAGCCGGGAAACGAACGGGAGCAAGGGCCAGUGGGCGUCCUUCGCGGAGCAUUUCCUGCCGGCCCAUGGCCAAGUCGAGGCUGGCAUGCCCUCGGUCGAGGCCCUCUUCCCGUCGGCGGACGGCAAGGCGACGGCCUUGGCGGCCGAGAGCGUGGGGAUGGGCUAUUUGCCAGGACCGAAUCUGUGGUUCGUCGGCGACAUUGUUCCGCCUGCCCAAGGGCGCCGAGGGCUCGGAAAACGUCUUGUCCUUAAAACGGCCGAGGCGGUCACGGGGCCCUGGGAGGACCACAGUGUGGUGGAGUUGCCUCUGGAUUAUUCAAGGCGCCAAUACGUCUGCCCCAGCCUAUACGUCCUCCCCAGCUACUCGCGAGACCGGGCGUGGGAGGCCGCGAUAGGCCUUGCGUGCUCGAUCAAGGGCCACGGGGUUCGCCCGGUGAUUGGAGGACGUUCCACUUCCACCGUCCAAGUCGGGCCCACCAUGGUAAAUGUGUUUCGACUCGGCUUUCAAGCUCUCUCCGAUACAGAGGUGGAUGCAAUACCAACACGAUAGAGGAGAGGACGCAAGCAAUGCAUGGUGAGCGUCAUUGCAAGCGAUAAUAUUAGUGCACAUUGUGAAUAAAAGGCGAACGUGGCAAACUGAGUGAAUGCGGGCGAGAUGCCUGCGCAUGUUUGUAGAGACACGCGAGGUGUUCACAUAUGCUUGUAAUGGUUGGCGAUAAAAACAACAUGUCGAUUAAAAAUGCGAAAAAUAUGAACUAAAGUGACGACAAUAGGUAGCUUGUCCCAACUUCUCAAUUGAAAACGAAGCACUUAGUUACUUUCAA